UUUCUUUUUCCAUUUUUCUCUUCUCAAGUGAAAGAAGAGAACACACAAGAUGCAUUAUUUUGAAUCUGAAGAUGAUGAUGAUAACUGUGAUGGUUCUGUAAAGGAGAGGGAUACUACUGCAUUGCCAGUUAAGAGAAAGUUGUUAGAUAAUAGCAAUCCCUUGCCCAGUUCGGUUAAGAAAUCGAAAGUGUCUGCAUCACUGGUAGAUGAUAAUCACGAUGAUAGUGAUGAUGACGAUGACGAUAGGUCUGCUAUGUUGACUGAUAAAUCAUUUUUUUUGCUUAAGAAAGAACUUGUGUUUAUAGAAAAGUCAUUUGAGGAAUGCGUGAGGAAGAGACGAGUGGAAGAGAAUAGAUUGAAGUCCGUAGAGAGAGUUUACAACAAAAUGAUGGGAAUAGUUGAAGGAUGUGUUAAGGAUUUUGUAGAAAAGGAAGCACAAUUGUAUUUGAUAGAGGACUUGAUUCGAGAGCGCAAGCAAGAGUUUCGGUUAAAAGAGAUAGAACUUUGUCAAGUCAUGAAUAACAUUUCAAAAGAGAGGGAGUUUGAAAGCAAAAUGAAGGAGCUGUUUGAUGAUUUGGUGUUAAAACAGAAGCAUUUUGAAAGCCGAACAAUGGAGCUUGAGUUGAAAGAGAAGAAACGUGAAGGGCUAGUGAUGAAAUGGGAAUUAAAAGAGAGAGAGUUUGAAGGCCAAAUGAAGCAGCUGGAAUCUAAAAAGAAGCAUUUUGAAAGCCAAGUGGAUGAACUUAAUGCAAAAGAAAGAAAGUUGAAAGGACAAGUUAAGGAACUUCAGUCUAAAGAGAAAUUACUUGAUGGCCGAGUGAAGGAGUUGGAAUUAGAAAAGAAGCAUUUUGAAAGCCGAAUGAAGGACCUUGAAUCAAAAGAGAAGCAAUAUGAAAGCCGAGUGAAGGACCUUGAAUCAAAAGAGAAGCAAUAUGAGAGCCGAGUGAAGGAGCAUGAAUUGAAAGCAAGAGAAUUCCAAGGCGAAACAAAGGAGCUGAAAUCUAAAAAGAAGCAUUUUGAAGGUCGGGUGAAUGAGCUGAAAUCUGAAAAGAGGCAUUUUGAAGGUCGGGUGAAAGAGCUGAAAUCUAAAAAGAAGCAUUUUGAUAGUCGAAUGAAGGAACUUGAGUCAAAAGAGAAGCGACAUGAAAGCCGAGUGAAGGAGCUUGAAUCGAAAGCGAGAGAAUUCGUAGGCCAAGUAAAAGAGCUGAAAUCUAAAAACAUAUUUUUUGAAAGCCAAGUAGAGGAGCUCAAAUUAAAAGAGAUGCAAUUGAAAGAAAAAGCUAAGGAAGUUGGGACAAAAGAGAAGCAACUUGAUGGCCGAUGGAAGGAGUUUGAUUCUAAAGAGGAUGAAUUCGAAGGCCUGGUGAAGGAGUUGGAAUCAGAGAAGAAGCAACUUGAUAGCCGAAAGAAGGAGUUUGAUUCAAAAGAGGAUGAAUUCAAAGGCCGAGUGAAGGAGCUGGAAUUAGAGAAGAAGCAUUUUGAGAGCCGACUGAAGCAGCUCGAAUCAAAAGAAAAUAAAAUCAAAGAACAAAUGAAGGAGUUCCAGUCAAAAGAGGAGAAGCUCAAAGGUCAAGUAAAGGUGUUUGAAUCAAAGGAGGAGGAGUUUGAAGGUCGAAUUCAGGAGCUCAAUUCAAAAGAGAAACAAUUUGAAAGCAAAAUUUGGGACUUCAAAUCAAAAGAGAAGCAAUUUGAAGAACGAUGGAAAGAACUCGAGUCAAAAGAGAAGCAAUUUGAAGAACCAUGGAAAGAACUCGAGUCAAAAGAGAAGCAGUAUGAAAGGCAAGUCAAGAAUCCUGAAUCAAAGCUGAAUAAACAUGAGGAAAAAGAAUCUGUUAUAUCAUACAUGGACGAUGAAUCAAGUCCUCCCAUUGAUGAAACAAGUUUGAAGUUGGUCCAGUGUGAGCAAACCGAUAUUCUAGCUAAUCUGCGAGAAUCAUCCGAUCCAGCAAAAGUGGUUUUGGAUAUAAUACUGAAUCCCAUUCUUCCACUUUGCUAUAAGAAAGGAGACAAUGAAGUGGUUAUUGAUGAUAGAUGCGUCUAUCUGCUAGAACUACUGAUGAAAAUCUCACCAAAUAUCAAACCUCGUGUAAGAGAAGAAGCAAUGAAGCUAGCACUUGAUUUGAAAGCUAACAUUAAAGAAAAUACUGAAAAUUCUCUGGUGGUUCUCGGUUUUCUACUGAUUUUAUCAAUUUAUAGAUUGGUUAAUUCUUUCGAUGAAGACGAAGUUUUGGAGCUUUUUGCAUUUGUUGCUCAUCACAGGAUAGCUUUCGAGUUGUUCAGCACCCUAUGCUUUUGAUGUUUUAUUUGUCAAAUCAAAUGUGCUUAUAUCUAUUGCUGGUAUGAAAUUGAACUGAUAACUGAUCUCUCUUUCUAUGUUUCUAUUAUAGUAAGUUUGGAUGCUGUGAAAUUUCUUGCAUCUUGCAGAUUUUGUUGAGAAUCUUAUCAGGAGGAAGAAAUUUGUUGGAGCUUAUCAAAUGUGCUUAUUUAAUGUCUAUUUAAUCUUCUUGCAAAUUAUAGAUUUUGCUGAGAAAACUUAUAAGGAGGAAGCAAGUUGAUUCUGCUGUACAUGUUACUUGGCUUACAAGAAUCAACUAGUACUGUACUAGAAAUGUGGUAAUGGAAAUAUGCUUACACAUAUAAUAUUUAUUAUUGUCUUAAAUAGUUAAUACAUAUAAUAUUUUUCUAU